CAGCGCAUUCCAAAUCGAUCGCCUUCCGCACUGAAGAGCCGAGCUCGAUCAACAUGGCCGACGCCUGUACCAUGGACCACCUCGGGUCCUGCCCCACGACUUGCUCGUCUCCAGCGACCAACAACGCGUGCAUUCGAUUCCCCAACAGAAUCAAUUGCAAACAAGGUGACUUGUGCAAGUCCUUCCCAACCAACGAGACGUGUGGCGUCCAGUACGCAUGCCAGCCGACAGUCGUGAUCGGCACAGAUUUCACAUUCACAGUCGCGAGCAACGAGCUAGGAUCUCCCAAUCGAGCGAUCAUCGGCAACAUCUUUGGCUAUGCCCUCCCGCCGACAGUCACGGGUGCAGUGACUCUAACAGGGAUCAGCACAACUUCGACGAGGAGAAAGGUCGUCGUCGACCCUUGGUUCUUCAGCGUAGCCAAGCCUACGUCAUUCGUGGUCGACAGCCUGGACGUGUCGAGCCUGUCGCUGACGUCUCUGCCGGCCAGCAUCACCACUGCUGUGUACAAGAACGGCGGGGUGACGGACAUUUCGGCGGUGCCCCUCGGUCCUGGAGUGACCUCUCUCAGCCUCGAGGGCAACAACUCGCCAAUCCCGACCUUCCCGGACCCCAGCUCCUCCAACUAUGCCAAGUUGGCGGGGCUCACCCGUUUGGAUUUGACCAACUGCCAGCUCAGCUCCAUCGCAUGGAUUUUUCCACCCAAACUCGAGCACUUGUCCGUUCAUGUCGACGCCCGUACGUCGUCCACUAACGUUUUGGUUGAUUUUCGCAGAGUGCUGACCAAGAACACCCUCUCCCGUAUUCCUCCGACGGUGUUUGGCCUCAACCUAACAACUCUGUCCUUGGGUGAGAAUCCGCUAGGAAGCACGCCGAUCUCGGCGUCCGAGUUUGAAUCGCUCAAACGUAUCAAGCAGCUCAUUCUCCCCAGCAUUCCACCUACGACAUGCGACUCUGGGUCGACACUGCAGGCCAUUCAAAACAUUGGCAGUCUCUGCGUCUCCGCCCCGACAACGUCGCCAUCGUCGUCCACUGGGCUCAUCGUGGGCAUCUCCGUCGGCGGCGUUGUCGUUUUAGCCCUCUUCAUUGCAGUCUUUGUGUACCGCCGCAAGAAACAGAGGCCAGCGACUGGGUACAACCCCCAGUGGUCCCCCGGCCGCCCCCAACGCAGGUCGACCCGAAGCAUGCCCCGGCCAUCCGUCCGCCAAUCUGAAAUGAUGCAGCACGGCAGCGGACCCGGGCGCAAGUCGGCUGGCACGCGGGGAUCCGAGCCCAUGUCGCGGUACACGAGCUCGACCGGCCACACCAACCAAAACAACUACCCCUUUGGCCCAUUCACCACCGACAAGGAGACGAGCCAGUCCUACUUUGCCGGCAACCACACUGGCACGCACACGAAUCGCAGCACGAUCUCGAUCAGCGAUGCAUUGAAUCCCGCGAUUCCCGUGCUCGAGGCGGACGACAUGGUGUACACACGGGUGCUUGGGCGCGGCGCCAAGGGCGUCGUCUGGCUCGCGACGUAUGCCGGCCAGGCGUGCGCUGUAAAGAAACUAACCGACUUGACUUCGAACGAGGACGAUGCGCUGGGCAAUUUGAUUGUCGAGACGAACUUGCUCUUCCGCAUUCAACACCCUCGGAUCAUUGGAGUGUUGGGCGUUGUGCUCGAGGCUAACGCGCCCGGACAAGACAACAUGGCCCUCGUGAUGGAGUUUAUGGACAAAGGCGACUUGUUUGAGUGCCUCCAGCGCACCAAGGCCAACAAAGACGCCCCAGGGGUCGGGUGGGCCGGGGAGAAAGGCACGUUUGCACUUCAUAUCGCGGAAGGGUUGGCUUCGCUCCAUACGAGAUCACCGCCCAUUAUCCACCGCGACAUCAAGGCACGGAAUGUCCUGGUCGACUCGGUCAAAGGCGCCAAGAUCUGUGACUUUGGCGAGUCCCGGGCGCGGACAUUUGAAGAAACCAUGACGUCCAACGUCGGGACAGCGCGAUGGAUCGCGCCCGAGGUGCUCAUCAACGAAGACUACAGCGAAAAAGCUGACAUUUACUCGUUCGGCGUCCUCCUCUCGGAGCUCGACACGCAUGCGAUCCCGUACUCGGACUCGACGCUGGAAGAGCGCCAGAUCAUGCAAAUGGUGGCCGUGAAUCGCCUCCGCCCGACCUUCUCCCCCAAUUGCCCGGAACAGAUCCAGCACUUGGCUCGACAUUGCAUGCAAGCGGACCCGAGCAAUCGCCCGGACGCGACCCGCCUCGUCAAGACCAUCAUGACCAUCCUCGGGUCCUUUGUUGCGUUAUAAACCAGUCCAUGGUCCCCAUAAAUAAGUAUUCCUUGGCAGUGUUCG